AUGUCGUCUGAAAUACUCCGAAGUCCAAGAAUCAACUCUGCACUUUGUGCAAAAUAUCGUGGCGAAACUGUUCGCUUAAUUGGUAAAGUUCUUGAGCUAGAAGCUAGUGAUAAAGGACAAGUUCAAGUCGUUUUAAAGCCUGGACAGGAUGCGCCGUUGAACCCUGAAUCUUAUAUUGAAGUUAUUGGACGCGUUAAUGAUGAUCUAUCAAUUAAGGAAUAUAAUCACCUUUCAAUUGGAGAACCAUUUG